CCUAGAACCGCAUUGUGGAAAAUUAUUUUCAUCAGCUUUCAUCAGUAUUAAGUAAUCGAAAAUAUCAAAAUCUUCGUCCUACUUCAUUUAUAAUCCUCAUAAACGAAGUCUGUCAGCCUAAGAAUCAGUACAUCAAAAAGAACACAAAGAUGAGAGUUUCUUCUACGAGCGCUACUCUGGUGCUUCUUGGGGCUCCUUGUGGAGUGGGCGCCGUUGGAUUCGGAACGUCUGCUUCUACGCAGAGCUACGCUGGUCACCCUCCUAGGGUCCUUCAGGAACCAUCUCAAUCAGGAACUUUUUUUACCGGUCAAGUACCAAGUGUUUUUCAAGGAGGUUCUCUUCACGAGGCUGCACAUGAUACUGGAGAUCAUGCUGGUGAAUCAGAAGAUGAAGAUGCUGGUGAAGAUUCUGGCGACGAUGAGGAUGACAGCGAUCUCGAUCUGAAUGAAUCAGACUACCCUGGCCUCGACGAGGAUGGCAAAGCUAUAAUGCGCACCCCAGAGGAGCAUGAGAGGUACAUGAUCGACAGAUACGGUGAAGAGGGUCGCAAGAAGCUGUUUCUGGAUGAAACUGAAAUCUCUGACGACUUCAAGAAAACGUGGCAUACCACCAGAGCCGAAAUCGAAACUACAUACCAACAAAUGGGUGGUUCUAGGCAGAACAGUGAACCGCACAAUCACAGGAAUCAAAAAGGAGCAGAAAGAGCCCUGAGGGACUUUCGGGAUCAAGCGAAGCGAUUGGCAGAAAUGUCGAAAAAUAAUGGCGCUGAAACUUCAUCAGAAGACCUUGCUGCCGAAAGGAGAGCCGAUGAAGCUCGGGAGGAACAGAUGCAUUUAAUGCCAGAAGCGGCGGAGCUAAAAGAGAAGUUGGAGCGGAAGAGAGCGGCUCUUCAAGCGGGGAAAAUUCCCUCGCUAAAUCGGGAACGACUAAAACGUGUUCAGGAUCAGGACCAAAGAGUUGGAGGUACAGCUUUCCCUGGGUCUAGUAACGGAGGUGGGCCUUCUUUGUCUUUAUUUUCACCCUGGCAGCAGCCUCCUACACCUGAUAUGCGCCAGCUUGAGGGUGCCAUUCUUGUGGUUGACGAGGAGCUUGCGGACGCGCACAAAACUUCAGCCGAAAUCGCAGAAGCCCUCAUAAUGUUGAAUGACGCUCUUGCGUUCCCGGAUGGGAGUGGGUCUGUGAAUGGUGCGAAGUUGCAGGAGGCUGCUAACCAAGCGCUUCAGUUAGCUCCGCAACAGGAGAUGAUGACUCCCCACAUGAACAAGAAAAUGAACGAAGUGCAAACGAUAUUUGAUAUUAAGGCCAUGAGAAACAUGAGCAUCUCCUAGGAAAAACAAAGAUAGAGAAAGACAUCCCUGUCAACAGUCGUCCAUCAAAUAUGUAGACCACCUAGACAUCCAUUUAUCUUCCUACUAUAGCAGAGCCACUUAUCGUCCUAUUAUAUCUACGCCUAGAGCUACACCAGGAUGCGAAAUCCAUUGUAUUAGUCGUCGCAUAUGUAUCUUCCAUGAGGAGGACAUCUAUAAUCUUCUAUCUUGGAUGGUUUCUUCAUCUACUUCUGUCCAUCUAUCUUCUAUCUUCUCUCUUGGAUCAUAUGAAAAAACUAGAAUCGGGACACCUCUUUUCAUGAUGAGCAAGAAGGGGGACGACCACGAUCAACUACUUGUUCCCAGAAGAUCGAUGUAUUAUAGUGCUCCACCUGGGAAUUUCAUUCGAGAACCAAGUGGUCUCAAUAUUUCUAAUUAUGAUAUUGUAAUCGUUUGAUAUUUCAUCUAGACAUAAGUGUCAUUCAAUGAACUUCUAGAAGGUCCACCUCUAAUGAAAAUAAAUUGGGCAUGUUUGACCCCGACCGCGCGACUGACCCUCAGCUGGCUCGCUUAAGUGAUCACGAGACUCGGUUGGAGCUAGAGUUGGCUUCUCUAGGGUUGCACAAGGAGCAAAUUGCAGAUUUGGCAAGUUUUUUCUUAGUCGCACAGCAGAAAGGCGUGGUCCACGAGUGGAACUUCAUGUACAAUUAAGGCUUCCGGGAAUCUUCUCUCAUGAUCUUCAGAAGCAUCCUACCUAGUAGGGCUUCCCUCUAAGUAAAAGGGAAAGAAGAAGGUCGGCCUAGAACAAGUCUCAGAAGAUGGAUUCCCGAAAGGUCUAAUACAGCUUUCUCAAAUCUCUGCUUGGAGGUCUUGGUCGUUAUGCUAGCUGUGGUAGUUGUCAUUGUGGUCAAGCAGUUGUAGACGUGUGCUGUGGAGGAGACGACCCAUCGGGAUGCAUGCUUUUCUGUGGCUGCGCCUCUGCGGAAUCAAAAGAGGCCUACAAAGAUUUCAGGAAAGUGAGAAACCUUCUCGCGAACCUCACAGAGGUGGAAGUCCGUGAAAAAAUAGAGGAUGUUAAGGCUGGCUUCCAUUAUCCAUCUUCUGUGCCAUCCUGAAGCGGCUUUGGAAGGGGAAAAAGCGCCCAGGAUGCGUGUCAAGAUGGAUUCGGGUGAACUCUAAGGAUGAAAUAAAGAGAGCAAGGCAAGCUCUUCAGGCGUACAAGAUUCGCGAGGGCAAGAUCGACCCGUCUGUUCUUGAUGAAGCUUUCGCUGAUGCCCUGCACAAGUAUUAUUCCGCAUUCGCGAAGUACAAAGACGAAAUAGAGAAAAUCAGACUGAAUGAGGGCUGCCGCGAAAACGUACUGCGCAGUUGUUUCUGUUAAGGCAACAUCAAGUAGAACCAAGAAAAGUAGUGCACUCCCUUUACAGGUUCCCUUUCCAGUCUUCCUAAGGCGGGAAUGAGAGGCACUCAAGGUCAAGGAUCGUAUGACAUUGGUUUCUAGUUUUGCCUCAUCUAAUUUCAGAACUCGUCGCCUUUGGUAGAAGACAGCUACUUGAUGGAUUGUUUGGGUAUCAAGUCGCAGCGCGAACGUGAUCUCGAGAAUAACGUCAGAACCUGCUACAACCUGACCUAUGUUAAGGCUCGUCGCUGCUAUCUAAAGAUGCUAAUGAUCCAUCUAUCUUCGGAAGCUGCAUCCUGCUCAGUCAAGAAUGCUGAUCCAUUUCCAUCUUUUUCGGAACCAUGUUGAUCCUCAAGCAGAGGCUUUUCAAGGGGAAAAGGGGUCCUCCAGGGUGUACUAUCUUAAUAUGGCAGAUUGGGCUCUAAAUAUGGUCCCCACGGGGAAGAACCGAAGCGUUCGAAUGCCUACGAUCAAAGGGCGAAGUGGGACAAGAAGCACGAGAGCGAACAGGCAGCACCAAGUGAAGAGUUCUACCACGAAGCUGCCGUGUUAAAAAGCCAACGUUACGGUGAAAGAAAGUCUACUUGGUUGUUGUUUUUGAUGUAAUAAUAAAUAUGAACUUGUUAGAUCAUCAUCGAAUGAUACCACAACUACCAUUCAGAUGACUUCUACAACUACUUGCUAUACUGUUCCAAGAAAAAGAUUGAUACUUCUACUACGAGGGAGAGUGCUGCACCUCAUUUACUUCUCGCUGGUGUCAUUGUUGUGCGAAGCACCUGCUCUCCGCCAAUGCCAUAAGUUGGCUCUCAUAAAUCACUCUAUCACUAUCUGUUCACGAAGUUUUACUAUAUUAAAUACAGGAGCAGUUUAUCAUCUUUUUUAUCCUCGUUCUUCAGUUUUAUUCCUUCUUCUUGUACUUCGAAUUCUCCAUGUUGAUCCAUAUAUAGGCUGCUGGUCACCUUGUUAGCCACCCUCUAGUCCAUUUAUCAUUGUCAUCAUUUUUCGGCUGGCUUUUGUGACCGCCAGCUCUAAGUAGAGUCGACUCCUGCGCCGCCGGUUGCAUGCUUGGCGGAGGAGCUAAAGAAGGGACCGGUGAGCAUUCUAGAGCAAAGACUUAGGUCCGUUAAUCUCAGCAACACUGGAAUAGCAAAAGCGCAAGCCUUGUUUGACGCACAUCAAGGCACAGGUUCUUGUAACCGAGCAGGAGCGAAUGGAGGAACGCAAAACUUAAUAAGGCUCUACUUGUCGUUGUAGUUGUCCCUCAUGAUCGACUUACUCUUGUCAUGACUAAUCUAGCAUCUUUCUACAUCUGGUGUCGAGACUGAGUGCUGUUUCUACAUCUUGUGUUGAGAAGAUCAACUUCUACUACAAGGAUAUUAUCAACAGAUCACUUACCACCUGGGUUUACAACUUUUAGGCUAUAUCUUGUGUUGAGUCUGAGAAACAGCACGACUCGGCACGACCCGGAACAAGUAAAGAGUUCAUCUAGUUCAGUCUCUACUGGCGGAAAAACGAUAAUUCUUCAUUACAGUGUAAUAGUCCAUAAAGGAAGGGUUAGAAGAGUUCUGGCAGCUCUAACUAACAUGUUUCUAUUUUUUUGCUUGAGAAAAAACGUCGUGUAAAGAUUCUGUCUUCUUCGGUUUCAAUCAACAUAGCAAUAAAAAACGACCAUACGCAAUCAUAAGCCACCCAGCUAGUACAUAAGUGUUAGGAUUCAUAAUAUCGUCAAGGUCAACAUUAUUAAGACAGGAGAUAUUUACUAAAAAUUCUCUAAAAGACGCAGCACAACGUAAUUGGUACUUGAAAGCGGCAGUGAAACACGCAAAAGAGGUUCUUCAACAUUCGGAUGAGAAGGGAAAGGAAGAAACGACUACAACACCCAGUGCGCCGCCACCUCCUUCUGGCACUAGUUGCAGCCUGCUUAACGGUGCCGCAUCUCAACAACUACAUGGGCUUUAUCCGUCAACUACAGGUAAAAACAGGCUUGCCGCGCCAAAUUCUCCAAAUGAUAUACACCUGAAUGUGGAGUUUUUGGGUGACGUGUAUAGUCAAGUUUUGACAAAACCGAUGCAGUUGUGGGGCAACCAGUUUCUGGACAAGGAGGGGAAGCCUCUUCCUCCGACAGCUCUUACGCCUGAGCAAGAAUUCCAAAAGAAGCCCGAGCACUACCUCAAUGUCCUCAAAAAACAGGUCUACAUGAAGAUUUUGGGUGACCCAAACAAGAUGACCCCUGAUUAAGGCUAACAUUUAGAGUCCAUCUUUCUCAACAGCAUGUCGUCGAUACCCUUUGGGGCCCUUGUAUUCUUCUCAUGGGACGGGGUCGAGAUCAUGAGCUUAUUCGCAAAGUCCGUGUUCUAAUUUACAUUUAGCAACUUAGGUUUUACAUGUGUACAGCAAAAGCAGCGACUUCGGAUUUCUGUAGGGUACACGCCAAACCGUCGCUAGUGGCAAAGUGUCAAAGUUGGCGCAUAUAUGUUUUAAAUAUAUACUCCUGGAACCAAAAAAAUUAAUAUAUUGCUCCCUUGUCGUGCUUGUAUUCUUUCCAUGGCAAGGGACGGGGUCGAGAUCAUGAGCGGGUUGAGAUGAAUAAUAGCAGACUCUAACCUGAGCAGCAGCAAAUCAUCAAUAGUGGCGGUCUUUUAGUGCCGUAUGGGGAAAAGGGCUUUACCGCAGGAGAACUGGCCAUCAAACUUAAGAUGUUGUUCUUGAACGUUCGAAGUUGUAUCAGGUGUUGACCACGAUUAGUUGAUUGAACCAGGCAUGUUCUUGUUGAUCAUUCAUGCUAGAAGUAUUUGACACGUUAGUAGCUAGUUCUUCUAGUAAGCACUUUUUAAGCACAGACUUAGUAGUAGCACUUUCCAGUGCUGGACAAGUAGCAUCACAGUGCUGGAAAGUGCUACUACGCCGACUACGUGAUGAAGUAGAAUAUUUAUUCUUGUUGAUCAUUCAUGCUAGAAGUAUUUGACACGUUAGUAGCUAGUUCUUCUAGUAAGCACUUUUUAAGCACAGACUUAGUAGUAGCACUUUCCAGUGCUGGACAAGUAGCAUCACAGUGCUGGAAAGUGCUACUACGCCGACUACGUGAUGAAGUAGAAUAUUUUUCGGCUUCUUCAGAAGUAGGCUAUUUCAGAAGACGACUGGUCGUAUCCUUUCAUCUUGAUCUGGACUAUAGCAUCUACUUCUUCUUAUAUCUAAUGGGCAUGGGCAUGGCGGCCGGGGUAACUAAAAGAACACAAAUAGACGAAGGAACACUAGAAGAAGUAGUUCAGAACUAGUUGUACAGUCACGACUCAGGAGGACGAUGGGGGUCAACAGGGCACCCCUUGUCAAGAAGAAUUUAGACAGGUGGAUCAAGAUUACAACAUCAAUCUUAGUUCAACGCUCAACAAGUAGUUUCUACUACUUCUUCUAAGAAGUACUUGCGAAGCUUGAAGAAGUACGAGCAAGCAUUUGCUCUUUACGAACACAAGAGGUCGAACUACGCCAACGUGUAUGGGCUCCUGCUGAACAAGCCGCUUGCUGGAAGAGCCGACGCAGCGGAGAAGAAACGGCAGUGAGAUAGCUGCAAAUGCAACAGCGAAGAUGAAGAUGCGAUUUAGUGAGGUGGGAACAAGAUGAAGAUGCGAUUUAGUGAGGUGUGUUCCGAACAAGUGACAACGGCAGCGUUCAGAUUGAGGCUGAGGUGGGUGGAACAAGUUGUCACGAACUCGGAAGACAAACGGUAGCAUCAGGAAUUGUUUGCCAGCAGAAGAUAUCUUUCACGAGGAGGAAGAUAAGAUGACCAUCAUGAAGUUAUACUAAAAAAGUUCUUCCGAAGGAGCAAUCAUAGUUCUUGUGGUAUAAAGAUCAGGAACAUCUUCAGUUUUGAAGUCAGUCCUGGCGAAAACAUUAAGAUCAACAACAACUGAUGAAGUAGAAGAUCGAAACAGAUAAUCACAAAUACAAUUGAGUAGAAGUGCCUCGAGUACCUCAAGAAGCAUGCUACUACUAUUAAUAAGUAGCUUAUGUCAACAUGCUUCUCCAUACAUUCAUCAGGUCGCCUCAAAUCUCCCGAUGGAUUCGUUCAUUUGCUUCCUGGAUCGAGAGGAGGAUCGAGAAACCGGUGAAAUCCUAUUUACUUUUUGGUAUAUCAAGUAUCUUCCAUAUUAGUAUUUAUUAUAGUAUUAGCAAUACCAAGAAGUGAAAUAAUAUACAAGUAAGUAACUUUUUUUGCGAUAGUAACAAGUUACGAUAGUAACAAGUACUCACAGUUUCAGUAAGAGUAACAAGAAUACAUAACGAUAGUAAAAACCGAUGACACUACCUACAGGAGUUCUUGACCUUGAGACUAUCAUGUUAGAUGCUUGCGUGGUGAUGCUUUUACUCGUUCAUCUUCGGCGUCAUGGUGCUUUCUUGUUCUAAUAUGGUCGUCACAGUCGAUAUUGAUUCUCAAGCGUCAUCUUGUAGUUGUACUUGGUUUCUCUCAUGUGAAACAUGAUGUUAUCACUCAAAUGAUCUAGAUCUGCAACAUCAAGGUCGCGUGUUUUCAUAUGCUCCUUAUGUUGAGCAUGAGGUAAGCUGCAGCAUGUUUGAUUCAGUCUCCCACUGCUUUACAUCAAAAAAUGUUGUGAUUGUCGAUCAUUGCUUGUGAUGGACACUUGGCCAAACGUUUCCGUGCUCCAAAUUCAAUCGUGUGUGGUGUUGCUCACCGUCAUGAUUCAGCAUGCUUCGCUUGAUAGCCAACUACAUCUCAAGAACAUCAACAAGUGCGGCAAGCACAAAGUUCCACGAUCCCCAGCUAAGCACGAGCUGAGUGAAGUUCUCA